AUGUUUUUGCUCAGCACUGGUUCGCCCCACCCCUCCAACGAAGGCUACUCGCAUGCGAAGCGAAUGCUCGAAGUGGUGGUCCGCCUCCAUCGGCAGCGCUACGGCCACCAGUGGAGAUGCGUGAUUCCCACGAACCUCUACGGCCCCUUUGAUCUCUUCUCUCUGGAGAAGGGCCAUGUCCUCCCCGCUCUCAUCCACAAAGCUUUCCUAGCCUCGCAGAAAAACACUCCGCUGGUCGUAGGCGGCAGCGGCGCACCUUUGCGGCAGUUUCUGUACAGCGAAGAUGCAGCUGAAAUUAUUCUGCGUGUUCUCGAGGCGCCGACGUUGUCAGAGGAAGAGAGUCUCAUGAUUCUCGCGUCGGAUGGCGACGCGCCUGAAUUCUCGCUCUCCGCUGAGUCCCCGUCGCCGAGCCCCUGA